GUGUUUGUGCGGCUGCAGCAGGGAGGAUGCCGGUGGAGAGGACGGAGCAGCGCGGAGCCGACGAGCUCUACAAGUAUUAUGAAAUCUACGACACGAUCGGUUCAGGAGGCUUUGCUAAAGUCAAGCUGGGCCGACACAUCCUGACCGGAGAGAAGGUCGCCAUUAAAAUCAUGAACAAGAAGGAUUUAGGGGAUGACCUUCCUCGUGUGAAGGUGGAGAUAGACGCCAUGAAGAACCUGAGUCACCAGCACGUCUGUCGUCUCUACCACGUCAUAGAGACCUCCACCCAGAUCUUCAUGGUGCUGGAGUACUGUCCAGGAGGAGAGUUGUUCGACUACAUCAUAGCAAAGGACCGUCUGUCAGAGGAGGAGACCAGAGUGUUCCUCAGACAGAUUGUGUCUGCCAUGGCCUACGUCCACAGCCAGGGAUACGCACACAGGGACCUCAAACCGGAGAACUUACUGAUUGAUGAAAACCACAACUUGAAACUGAUCGACUUUGGAUUGUGUGCCAAACCUAAGGGAGGUUUGGAGUUCCAGCUGAUGACUUGUUGUGGGAGUCCUGCGUACGCUGCUCCUGAACUCAUCCAGGGGAAAGCGUACAUCGGUUCGGAGGCUGAUGUGUGGAGUAUGGGAGUGCUGCUGUUCGCUCUGCUCUGCGGAUACCUUCCCUUCGAUGAUGACAACUGCAUGGUCCUCUACAGGAAGAUUACAAGAGGUAAAUAUGAUAACCCCCAGUGGCUCUCUCCAGGUAGUGUCCUCCUCCUCAACCAGAUGAUGCAGGUGGACCCAAAGCGCCGUAUUAGUGUUCGUCAUCUGCUGGACCAUCCCUGGGUGACCAAGGACUACAACAGCCCUGUGGAGUGGCACAGCAGGCAGCCGCUCGGCCACAUAGAUGAGGACUGUAUCACUGAGAUGGCUGUCAACAUGAAGCGAUCGAGGCAGAGCACCACAGCGCUGGUUAACGAGUGGCGCUAUGAUCAGACCACAGCCACCUACCUGCUGCUGCUGGCAAAGAAGCAGAGGGGCAAACCUGUCCGCCUGCGCCCUGAACGAACCGUCUGUGAGGACUCUUGCUCUCCGCUGCACCAGGGACGACAGACCAGAGAGGUGCUUCACUUAAGCGAGGAUGAAGACGCAGUGAUCGUGGGCUCUCUGGACUUCUGCUCAGAAUACAUUGAUGAUUGCCCGUGGGUUUCAGUCUCACAAUACACACCCCAGGGGGCCAGAGGUCAGCCAGAUGGAGCCGCAAACCCCAAGGACACGAGACUAGCAUCUCCAUCAGUGGAGAGAAGAUGCGGUUACAGCCCGACCCCAGAGAGGGGGCGAACAACGGCGCAGCAGCAGCGCCAGGAGAGGAGGUGCAGAGAGCAGGAGCAAAUCAGUGAGAACAAGGAGAAUGUGGCCGUGCAGGAGAGAGAUGUUGACAUAUUUGUGUUGCCUCCUCCUCGAACCCCCGCGUCCAGUAAGAAGAACGCACGGGCCAACAAGAAUGUGUUGACCACGCCCAACCAAAAUACAAACGCUGACGGCGCUAAACCCAACUCAGGCACACCUAAAGGUGGAGUCAGUGCCUCUACAGAGCAGAGUCAGAAGAAAGCAGAGAACAAUGAAAGUGCAAACAUGGAAAUGCUGGCCUUCAGUCCUGAGAGAAGGUCUCGCUCGUUGGACAUGGCUGUUACAGGAAGCAGCGGGAAGAAGAAGAAAGGAGGAAAGGUGUUCGGUUCUCUGGAGAGAGGUCUGGACAAGAUGAUCACCAUGCUCACUCCCAGCAAGAGGCGAGCCCUGCGCGACGGCCCGCGCAAGAUCAAGGUGCAGUACAACGUGACUCUGACCAGUCAGACCAACCCAGACCAGGUGCUAAACCAGAUCCUCUCCAUCCUGCCGGACAAAAACAUCGACUUCACACAGAAGGGCUAUACCCUCAAGUGUCGAACAUAUGGCGACUUUGGAAAGGUGACCAUGGAGUUUGAGUUGGAGGUGUGUCUGCUGCAGAGGCCCGAGGUGGUCGGGGUCCGCCGUCAGAGGCUGAAAGGAGACGCCUGGGUCUACAAGCACCUGGUGGAGGACAUACUGGCCACAUCCAGGAUCUAAAUAACGCACUUUCCCGACCAUUUCACCCACUGUCUAAGGACGCAGUGACGGUGGUGAUCUCUGGAUUACAUCGCUGAAUACCUGUAUCUACACAAAUACUCUCAGGACAAACACAUCAACAGACAGUAUGUGAACGCUGAGGGUAAAAAAAAAACGUCUUAGAGCUUGUUAACAGAGGAGGUGGUCUUCACCCGUUAAUGAUCAGUCCUGAAUUAUUCUCAGUAAAUAUUUGAACCUGUCCUCAGGCCAGCCUGCCACCCCUAGAGGACAUGGUACAUGAAAUCUAUGAGCAUUACAUGACACGUCUUCCUGUACAGAAUAUCUUGUUUUAUGUAGCAUGUUGUUGUUUUACUUCUCCUCAGCUUGAAUCUGAGCUCGGUCAACCCUCGGGAGAUGAUCGUGUAUAUGUAUGAAAUGUAACAACGCUCUGCACAGCAUACCUUCUGGCUACGUAUUACCAUAUUUAUGUGUGGAUGUUGUUAUUCCCCCCCUUUAGGUGCUAAACUUGAUUGAAUAAGAGAAAGAAGAAGCAGAGCAUUACUAAUUUGCUGUCGUCGUUGUUUUUGAUGUACAUGUGUUUACUCUUCCUCCAUCAUGACACUUUUACAUGGUUGUCUCUUGUGUGUGUGUAGCGUCUUUUUCCAACUUCUUCUUCUCCGUCUUUGUCCUGUUUUAAACUGUCACAUCGUGUUUGUACGAUUCCUACUGAAGAAGGAAAAUAAAUGAUUUCUGGUCGAUUGAA